AGGAGGGAAAAAAUAAGGGAGAAACAACACCCAACAAGUAGGAGGGGGGAAGAAAGAAAGGAAAGAAACCCACCCACCCACUCCUGAAAAAAAAAAAUCCUGUGACGCGACGCCUGGCUCCCGGGAAGCCUCGCCAGCUCCGGGGGGUGGGGGCGCCGAGCCGAGAGCAGCGGAGAGCGCGGCCCGAGCAGGAUGGACAUGAUGCUCUUGGUCCAGGGCGCUUGUUGCUCGAACCAGUGGCUGGCGGCGGUGCUGCUCAGCCUCUGCUGCCUGCUGCCCUCCUGCCUCCCGGCCGGACAGAGCGUGGACUUCCCCUGGGCGUCCGUGGACAACAUGAUGGUCCGAAAAGGGGACACGGCGGUGCUUAGGUGUUAUUUGGAAGAUGGAGCUUCAAAGGGUGCCUGGCUGAACCGAUCAAGUAUUAUCUUUGCUGGAGGUGAUAAGUGGUCAGUGGAUCCUCGAGUUUCAAUUUCCACAUUGAAUAAAAGAGAUUACAGCCUCCAAAUACAGAACGUAGAUGUGACAGAUGAUGGCCCAUACACGUGUUCUGUCCAGACCCAGCACACACCGAGAACGAUGCAGGUGCAUCUCACUGUGCAAGUUCCCCCGAAGAUAUAUGACAUUUCUAAUGACAUGACCAUCAACGAAGGAACCAAUGUCACCCUUACUUGUUUGGCCACUGGGAAGCCAGAACCUUCCAUCUCUUGGAGACACAUCUCCCCAUCAGCAAAACCAUUUGACAGUGGACAGUAUUUGGACAUCUACGCAAUUACAAGGGACCAGGCUGGCGAAUAUGAAUGCAGUGCAGAAAAUGAUGUGUCCUUUCCAGACGUGAAGAAAGUAAAAAUCGUCGUCAACUUUGCUCCUACGAUUCAGGAAAUUAAAUCUGGCACUGUGACCCCCGGACGCAGCGGAUUGAUCAGAUGUGAAGGUGCAGGUGUGCCGCCCCCAGCCUUUGAAUGGUACAAAGGAGAGAAGAAGCUCUUCAAUGGCCAACAAGGAAUUAUUAUUCAAAAUUUUAGUACAAGAUCCAUUCUCACCGUCACCAACGUGACACAGGAGCACUUCGGCAACUAUACGUGUGUGGCUGCCAACAAGCUGGGCACAACCAACGCGAGCCUGCCUCUUAAUCAACCAGCAAUGCAGAAGAGCAUGUCAGAGGAAAGCCACACAUACCAUGGAGGCCAGAAGAGAGAGCAAGAGAAGAAGAUCUAUGCACAAGAAGACACACUCAAGUUCCUGCAUCCAGAGAUGUACGGCUUCUGAUCAGGCUCUAUCUCCUAACAGGAAAUACAGCUAUGGGUUCACCAGUGGACAAAUCCACUGAGUGGAGUUUCACCAUGAUCCAAUCACCUUCCAAAAGCCCCAACUCUAAAUGCAUGAGACUUUGGGGGGAUAUUCCAUAUCUAAGCCAUCAUGCAAUCAUUUAUUAUCAAGUAUCAUGCAGUGCACAUAAUUAUACAUGCUCCAUUUAUAGGACAAGGGCAGUAGGUUUGAUUAUGCAGCAUUAUUACAAAUGCAUGGGCAUUGCUUGUGUUAUGAUGUUGCCGUAGCUCUGUCUCCAACUAUGGGAAUUUUUCAGUUCAAUUAUGAUUUAUGGGGCCACUGUGAUACUGCUAAAUAAAAUUUCAUUGUGCUAUCUAUGGCUACAAUAAAGAUGACAUUGAAGUUAAUUUGGUUGACUUGAAGAAAAAUCUCUAAACCUGCCCUUUUUGGCUUUUUUGCCUUCCCGGUCACAUAGCAGCUGUGCACACAGCAGUGAAGUCUGUCAAAAAUGUCACAGACUUCCAGAGAACUCGCUUGGAGAAUCUCUGGUCUAGAAAAACUGCCUUGUUUUGUAGAUGAGGAAACUGAGGCCCAAAGCGAGUGACUUAGAGACCAAAAUCAAACUCGAGAACUAAAGCUAGAACUUAGCUUUUUCUAACUGCCUUUCUUCCUUGCUGGGACAAAAUAGCACACAGCCACAACUUAAAGGAAGAGAGAAUUACUUUGGCUCAAGUUUUGAAUCCACCAGGUGAGAAGAGCUUGGUGAAAGCUGCUCCUGAGGGAGCUGUCAGGAAUUGGCGGUUAGAGGGAGGAGCCAGGAGAGAGGAACACCCAGCUCACACCCGCAGGGACCUGCCUCGGAGAACCAGACCCGGGCUCCUUUCAGCAAGUCAGUUAUGUCUCUCCCAUGAUUCAGUCCCUUCAAAGAUCCCUGCCAAGAAUGCACAAGGCUUUCGAGGGACAUUCUCCACCCAAGCCACCCCUCCCCUCUCUCCAACACUAGUUGCUGCUUGAAAACAAAAAGCUUAGUCAAGCAGAUCCAACCUGAAACCAUAAUCUCCACAGAAGGAUUUUGGAUAGCUCUCUCCAUCUCAAGCCUUGAAAUUUAGCUGUCCUAUAAAAUAAAGACUUACCUAUUUUUAAAGGAUUACUGUGAGGAUUAAAUAAUGCAGGGCAUGCAAAUGGCAAACACAAUGCCUGGUACAAAACAGGUGCCUACUAAGUGUCAGUGUCUUUUUCUCGGAUGGUAAACACAAAACAAGCUCAGCUCUUUGUAACCCGAGUAACUUUGUAACUUCAUCUCACUGGGAAUCCAAAUAUACCAAACUGGUUCUCAGACUCGUUUCUCCAUUGUCUGUGCACAGCAGUAGAAUAUGGUCCUUUUUAUUAGAAGUAUUAAUUAAAUCAGUCUUGCACACAGCCUUCUCUUAUAAUGAAUGGGGGGGGAGUGUGCAGGUUGAGAGAGAGGGUUGUACAAGAUUAAUUGCUCUGCUGUUGUGUUUAUCUCAGGUUAAGAGGCAACUUGACAGCUGCAUCUUCAAGCUACUAGAACUGCAUAUUGUCCCCAAAAGUGAAGGAGAAUCAGUGAAUGCCAAAGGAGGAAAGGGACUUUGGCCUUUGCUCUUGUCACUGAAAGGUUGCAAGCUUAUGAGAAUUCGAUAGCAACAUGAUCCAGAAAAGUCAAAUGUAACCAUAAAAUUUUACCAAAAGCCUUCACCUAGCAAUCAGACAAUUUAGGCCUAGCCUUAACCUGAAAAGACCUUUAACUUAACUCUUCAACCUCAGUUUAUUCAUCUAUAAACAAGAUGACCAGAGUAACUAAUCUCCCUCCAAGUACUCUUUCAACUCAAAAGCUUUUAGCUCCUAAGAUAACUGCAUACAUUCAACGAUCAGUUGUGUCUGUGUUGUUAUUUUAAAAGUUAUACUUACAUCCCAACAAAGUAAUAAAGCAGCCAAUAAUUUUCCUUCUGUGCAUUUAUGUCACUGAACUCAACAUUAUCUUUUAUUGACAAAAAAAGAUGCAUUGGGUUUUGUGGUGUGUUUCCAUAAAGUUUAACACCCAAGCAUUGCGGACCUGAUUAUUUUAUCGUCUCUGCAAAGAAUUUCUCAGGGGAAAUCUCCUUUAUGUUCACAGUUUCAAUUCGGUUGAACAGCAACCUUUGAAAAGGUAUUGGAUUAGAUCAUCUUGCUUACUCUUUUAUUUCACACAGUUCCAACCCUAUAAAAAAAAAAAAAUUAGGCCACCAUGUGACCCUAUUUGUAUCAGGGUUGUGGCUGUUAGAGCUUUGUAAAAGUGAAAAUUUGCCAACAUUUCCAGCUUCAAGGAACUGUCUUAGCAGACUUUUUGUUGAAUAGCAUCUUUUCUUUCCUAAUCUUUUCUCUGGAAGACCCUCUCCAAGCUCCUUUAAGAAAUUCCCCUAUUAUUUCUGAGAAGUGUCUCUGGCUGUAUUUACCCAUCAUGCACUGUUUUCCCCACUGCUCUGAUGGGAUGUGAAGCCCAUGCUGAUGAUUUGAGCACAUGAUAAAUGACAAAAAUCUGAGGCACUCUCCACCUCCUCUUUGGUACUUUGAUUCUUUUUAUGAGAAGUGGAAAUGUGGCCCUAAUAAGAGACCCAGUGAUAUGUGUGAACGAAGUUCUUAUAAUGAAGUGCUGAAUGUCACUAUUAUUAAGCUUCCCAUUUCUCUUUAAUCAGUUUAAAGCAUAAUUAAUAGAGUGUUCCACCCAAAGAAAAAGCAAAGUAAAACUGGCUCUCUCUUUUUGCUAUUUUGAUGUUAUAGAUAAAGGCAAAAGGGAAGAAUUAACUAUUAAAGAAUUGAUAUUUUGAAGAGCCAGCCUGUUUCUAAAGCACUGUAAAAUCAGUUUUAGUAAGCAUAAAAGUGCUGGGGAAGACCCUAGAGUGGCCUUUCCUCCCUGAAUAUGUCUAUUCAGUGUGAGCUCAAUUUCCACACUUACAAAUGUAAUACAAUUGGGAUUUCUCUGCAGAGACACAAAUUAGCAAUCCACCCCAUAUUGCUUGAAUAAAUCAAGCAAGGCUUGCUUGUGUGGAAAUGAAUGUCACCUAUUCUAUGGCCAAAUAUUUAUAAUAUGCUAGAUGUUUCUCAGUUUUAAACUUAAAAAAAUACACAUCUUGCUUUCAGCAGUUUUAAGCCAAAUAAGCAACUUUUCCUUCCCUAGCUUCCAAAUGUGGUUUUAGAUAGUUACAUACUCUUUCCUUCCUUUCUUUGAUUUUUAAAAGCAAUCUAAUUAGUGCACAUGUAGCACUAAUCAAUGAUGCAGAUCAUAACGCUUCUCAAAGCAUCAUUUGGGUCCCUACUCAGUCCACUUGAUAGGAAUCAUGUUUUCUAGCAUGCUUCAUAAGACACAAUAUGACAACAUGUAUUCCUGAAACUGACAGUUCACCAGUAUAUCCUCUAAAAAUUCAUGGCCACAGCUAUAGAGAAGUUUGUAUUUUCUAAAAAAAAAAAAAAAAAAAAAAAAACAUUCUUGGGAACACUCUAGAAUCUAAAUGUGUUUAGCAAAAAAACAUGCCAAAGAGUUAUAAUGAAAGAGAGCAGUAUUACCUGAAUGAAUACAUCUUCAGUAAGACUUAAGUACAGAUGUGUAUCAACUCUACAGAUUUGACUCAGCUGGAAAAAGAUAUGGAAAGAGUUUAUUGCUCUCAUGUUAGUACACUACCUGUUGGAGAUCAUAUUUGACAGCGGUUUUUUACACCCAUUUUAUUUUACAUUGCAAAACCAUCUGUAUUUCCCCCAACAUGUCUCCUGCCAAUAACACCUGAAAGAAUAGUUCCUGAACACCAGAGCAAUUGGUAGACUGAAAGCAACCAGCAUGAUAAUCCCGUUACUCUUUCACUUAGUACAACAUCCCUCAAUCUUUCCUUCCUCUUAGUCUUGUACCCAUUAUAAUUUUUAAAAAAGGAAAGCAAACAUAAAUGACUCACAUUUUAUUAGGAAUACCCAUUUGUCUGGUACAGAUUUGGCUUUCUGGAUCAUUCUAUCUUAUUUCUCCUUCUUUCAUCUGUGUUCAACUCCAGGACCUAAUCAUCACCAAAAGAGAUGGGAAGAUCCUGUCUUCUUUCCAACCAGAAGUGUAGAUUUGGGACAAAACCUAACAACCUCUGAAUAGGCAAGCUCAAAAUUGCUUUUGAAAGCUUCAUCACUGAAAAUGUAAUCAAACUUAGCUUACUCACAACUGAUUUAAAUCACAGCCUAAAGGCCAACCUUUGACCAGGGCAGUGCUAGCACUUGCAUUGAUUCUGCCUGCAAUUGAAUUACUCAAGCAAUUCUGCACGUUCUCAGCUUCAGCCCUGGAGCGCAGAUGGCCAAUUUGGGAUGCAACUUAGUUUUGCUUGAAAUUUGCAGAAAGAUUUUCUCAUAUGUUCCUGGGGAGAAGCAGGCUUAUUUUUCAAAAAUAUUCUCUUGCUCACAGAAUUGGUUGCCCAAAAGACGUUUUGUUUGCUUGCUUUUAUAUUUGAUCUGAGAAAAUUUUGCUUACCCUCAAAGAAUCUCCUGUGACUUCUAAAAGAUGCAUGUUAAUCCUGAAAUAUGUAUACAAAAGUUGAGGGAAUUUAAAUUUAAUGAAGAAAAUAUAAAGCCAUAUAGUAUGCUAAUAGACAGAGGCAAAGGUCAGAAAUACAUUGUACUUUGUAGUCCUAGAGACUAAAUUUUUAAAAAAUUUUACUGUGAUUGAAAUAAAAGAAUCUUCUGUAAGUUACUAUAGAGUUAUACACAGUAACAAUAUCUCCCUUUUCUCUUCAAAAUAUUAGAUAAAGUUGACACAAAGAAGCAUUGCAAAUACUUUUCAGAGACAUAAAAGGUGCUUAUUACAUAUUUCUUACUUUUUCAUCUUUAUAAUGUACACCAAUUAUGUACAUCAUCUACCACCUUCACAAAAUUUCUUUCAUUUUCAUAUAAACAAUAGCACUUUUAUGUAUUUAUCUACUUAGAUUCAAUUUCAUAUCUUGCAAAAACCUCAUAGUUCAAUUCAGACUUUUUAAAAAUAGUUUAGUCUUCACUAUUAAAUAUUUAGUAGUUGGUAAAUAUUUGAUUUAAAAAAAGAAUGUGCAUAACAACACUUUAAGAUAAUAACAAUGUAUGCAAUUGUCUUUAUUGUGAAUUCUACAUAGGCAGUUGCUUUUCUCACAUAUUUCACUGAUCUCUGCCAAAAGCAUGUACCUCACUUUGACCUGUGGCUGCAGUUCAAUCUGUGUGAUGUGUGUAUGGUAUUCCAGCUAUGAGUGCCAUUCUACAAACCUGGCUUUUUCUUUUUAUUUAUAAUAACAAAUACAAUGUGGUAAAGUAUCAGUAGCUUUGCUGAGUCAGAGAAUAGAUGUGAAAUAUUCCAAGAAAAUGCCCUCAAAUUUUUGUGCUCUGCCUGAUAUAGAGGCUGAAGGCUUCACACUUUUAGAUUUAGUCUCCGUUAACAUUUUCUCCCCUAAUUUUUUAAGUCUAUAUAACCAACGAAACAACAAAUCAACCUAUAGUUUGGAAUAUUCCCCACCUUCCAUGCUAUAAAUACAGUCUCUGUGGAUGAUUUCAGCUGAGCAAAGCGAUGUUACUGAAUUUAGAGGUAGGAGGAGAUGUGCCGUAUUACCCCACUCUGUGUUAGAAGUAUAGUUUCAAAUAUUUUCUCCUCUCUGAGGAUGUCAGUAACCUGAAUACAAAAAAUGGUAGUAAAUUAACUUGGAAGAGACCUUUGAGUUGUUAUUGCAUUUGUUUGUAAUCCACUUUGAUUAUAAUUUAAAUUAUAUACUAAUUAUUUAAUCUGUUUUCUUUUAAAAUAACCUAAUUUCCAUUGUGGCUAUAUUUCAUGAAAACUUUGCAGAAUUCCUGCAAAUUUUAAAUCAGUUGCCAGAAGCUGGUACCAGUGGCAUUCAGAGUGUCACUCCUACUUCAGAAGCUGGAAAGAAAAAUACAGUUAUCUAUCUCAAUAUGAUUAUAUAUUCAAAUUAUUUAGUUUUAACUUCAAAUUGCCUUACUAUAAAAUGGAGUUAGUAAAAUUACUUCAUAUGGAGUUAACAGAAUUAAAAAUGGUGCAAAGUGCUUGGCUCUUGGCAGGGAUGUUUAUUUAUAUCUCCUUUCAGUUUUACGUGAUUUCUAUCAUAGUCACUGUAAUUUUUUGAGAUAUAAAUUAUGGAAUUCAGCAUCUUCAAACCCCUAUCAGGUUCCCCCAUAUGACUGAGAUUUAUUGUCUCUGUAAUACACACAGGCAUCCAUCAGUAUUUUCACACCUAUGCUGCAUUUCUUGUUUAAAUUUUCUGCAACAUAAAAUAUUUCCUUCUUAUACUAUCAGUUCAGUACUGUCCUCCUUCUCAUCCCCACUACUGGGAUCUAAGUAACAUUAUUUCUUUAGACUUAAGUUACGAGGUGUCAGGGGAUGCUUAUUUUGUAAUGUUUUAAUUCUAUGAGACCAGUGGGGAAAAAUACAUUAUCUAGUCAUAAAAAGAUUUCAAGGCCUUGUAUUAGCAUCACAAUAGUAUCCAAGUCCAUUGUUGCCUCUCCUCUUACCUGACCAGAGGCAGAGAAGGAAUGCUUACCCUAAGCUGCUUUAAAAUAGGUGGAUUCAGUUGUGAUUCUUAUUUCCUGUCCCACACAUUAACUUGAAUACUGAUUCUUUGAUUUUUUUUUUCAUUCUUUUUACUUGUUUAAAGGGAGGUUUUAAGCUGCAAGCCUUGGCAUAAAAAAUUAACUAGUAAUUUAAUAUAUAUGUGAGUGUGUGUGUGUAUUUUUUUACAUGAUCUUAUCGUGUAGUUCAGGCUGAUAUCAGACUCACCAUGUGGCUCAGACUGGCCUCAAACCCACAGCAAUCUUCCUGCCUCAGUCACCUGAAUAGUGGGAUUACAGAUGUGUGCCCCACACCCAGCUGAAACUACAAUUUUUUUAUCAUUGAAUUUAUUCACCUAAAUUUUUAGUCUCAUGCUAUUUUGGGAAUACAGAGUUUGGCUAACAUAUCAGAGACUGCUAAUUUGGGGUUGGAAAUUUUUUAAGUUACUAAUAAGAAUAUAAACAUGGUACAUACUUAUCAGCUACCAUGGGAGAUAUAUAUAUAUAUAUAUAUAUAUAUAUAUAUGUAUUUGGUACCAGGAAUCGAACUCAUGACUCGUGCUUUCCAGGUAGGCACUGUGUCACUGAGCUAUAUCCUCAGUCCUUACUGAGCUAUAUCCACUGUCUCCAUGUGAUAUUUUGAUACAUAUAUUUUUAUAUACUAUUUCAGUCUGUAAACAUGACUCUCUCCUACCUUUAUGAGGAAAACAUUCUAAUUCAUUUCUUUGAACAUUUUUAAAGUGCAUAAUACAUUUUUGUUAUGUGGAGUGAUAAACUCGUAUCACAGCAAAAUUUCUCAUUCCUGUCUGUUUGGGCCAUGACCCAUUCCUCGAGGUUCCUUGCUGUCCCCAGUCUAUUGCUGGUCACCAAUAUGCUUUCAACUUCUGCAAGAUCAACUUUUUUUAGAUCCUAUGUAUGUUUGGAAUCAGGCAGUACUUAAAUUUCUAGACUGGAUUUAUUCCACUGGACAUAAUGUCCUCCAAUUCUCUACAUGUCAUUGUGAAUGGCAUGAUUUCAUUUCUUAUGACCAAAUCAUAUUUCAUCAUCUGCAGGUGUCACAUUUUCUUUAUCCACUCAGCAGUUGAUGGACACUCAAAUUGUUUCCAUGCUGUGGUUCUCCUACCACAGUCAACAGAUGAGAGCAGAAGUCUUGUCAACCUACUGUUUUCAUUUCCAGUCGGUCAGGAUGAGAUUGCUGAUGUUAGAGUAGUUUCUUCCUUUCUGUGUUUCUUUCAUCUUGAGGGAGCCAGGCAGACGUGUGGGUGGUGGCCUAGGAGGUGAGGACGAAACCCAGAGCAUCACACACCUCAGACACAUCUCAGUCACGCUUUCCAUCACUGAGCUACUCCAUACUGCGACCAAGGAUGUCUGCAGUCGUCCGCAGCCCCUCCACAGUGGACAGGGCCUUCCUGUUCUGCACACCCUCUGCUUAUCUCUUGUCACUUUUCUAAUAGCCAUUCUUACUACAGUAAGAUGCUAUCUCUUUGUGGCUUUGCUUUUAUUUCCCUGAUGACUAGUAAGAUUUAGGCACUCUUUUCAUAUCCCUGCUGGUCAUUUGCAUGCCAUAUUCUACAGCACUUAUUUGUUGUUAUUGAAUUAUAUAUAUAUAUAUAUUGCUGAUGAUUGCUGCACUAAAUAAGAAAUAUACACGUCAUGAAUAUUAACUUCUUAGAAAUAUAGUUUACAAAUAUUUUCUCCCUUUCAGUAGGUUGUCUUUUCACUCUCUUAAUUGUUCCCUUUACUGAGAAGAAGGUUUUUAGUGUGAUGUCAACACCACUUGUAUGUUUUUGAUUUUGUUGACUGUGCUUUUGGGAUCUUGGCCUAAAAAUCCUUGCCCUUCCCACUGUCCUGUAGCAUUUCCUCUGUGUUUCCUUUGAAAGCUUGUCUGGGGACAGCAAAUGUCAGCAAGCAGUUAUCACAGUGUCUGUCCUUAGACGUAUGAGAACAACAAAGCUGAGUGAAUGAUAGAAAGUUUGAGUCUCUGGAAGAUGGAGAAUACUGAAGAUAAAGUGUUAGUACAUGAAUGGCUUAGCAAAGAGAUGAUGCCUUCCCUAACAUGCUAUAGAAAUGCUAUUAGCCAAAAAUAUCUUUUGUAUGUUGACAAAUUUUAAAAUAUAAAAGACUGUAAACAAUCGCUAGACUCUUGUAACACUUGGUUCUUAAGAUGAUUCAUGGUUCCUGUGAAAUUAUCCCAGUUGCCCCGAUGCAGGCUGCUUUCGUCCUCAAUUCCUCUACGAUGGUUCACUCUCUUCACAUACGUGUAUUUAUUUAUCACUUCUUUCUCUUGUUGAAACCUCAUAUGCAUCUGUGUCAAUUUUUACUUAAAAAAAGAGCAAUUAUUUCACCCCAUUGAUCUAUUAUGCUGAUCAAAUAGUAGGACAAUUAGUGCUGAACUCUUUAAUGAGACAGUUAACCUUUUACUAAUAUAUGGUUCCUUAACCAUUUUUUUAGUACACUGUUAAUCUGUUCCCUAAUUCACACUAUGAUUGUUUACAUGUUUCUUUCUUUGAAAUCAUGCAGGAUGUUGCAAUAAGCUCUUCAAAGACACUUACAAAGAAAAUCCUUUAUUGCUGAGUAAUAUGAUAAAGUUCAAUAUCUUUGCCCCUGAACAAUUACAUGGAGAACUCAAUGUGAAGAUUUUAAAUGUCGCAUCUUUUGAUUACUGAAAUUCUGAAUUAAUAAUGAUAUGAUUACAGAUGAUUAAUUAGUAUUAUGAAUAUGUCUUGGAAAAUUACCCAUCAGUAGUUUAACAUUUGGUUAGUUUAUUUUGUCCAAUAAAUUUUCUGACAUAUUGUAUGUUGCCACCAGUCUCAGACCAAGGAAAAGUUCAGUUCUCUGAGGAACUUGCCUUUGUUUGAGUGUUGUGAUUUUUAUUUAUCUAUUUUUAUUUUUUGUUUCUAAUAAUCUCUAUGGCUAGUUCCAGCUAGGUACCAUAAAGUUGAUUGUGACAGUAGCCAGAUGUGAUUGACACAAACGAGAGUGCUCUGAUAAUCAGGAAUCAUAAUGUGCUUACUUAACGUUCACACAUGCUGCCAAAUUACAGGCUUGGCUAAGGAGAGGAGUUUGAGAGUUUUUCCUCUGUAUGGCUGCUAUGAGGUCAGGUUCAGAUCUAGGUUCAGUUAAAGAAUGAAGGAGAACAGAAUAGAACGCAGGUCUAUAUCUAGAUACAGAUAAUCAUGGUUUCAGGAACACAGAGGGAGUGUGUGUCCGUAUGGGGAAAAGCACUUCCAAGCAAAUAUUCUGCUCAUGGUGAUUCAGAACCGUUAUCUUCAAACAUAAAGACAACAUUAUUAUCCUUUGUGAUUUAACAAUGGUUGAAUGCAACAUGAGAUAGACCUCGCUUUUAGCAUUUUUGAGAAAUAUUAUUAUUUUGUUGUCAUUGUUAUUUAUAAAAUUGAAUACAGCAAAGUGACAAAUGUAGAGGAUGAUUUCGGACUAGAAAUGGAACUCAUUACCAUAUAGAUGGGUAGGAGAAAAAAAUGUGGAACCUAACAUGAUGUUUGGAAAACAUUUAACAGUGUGUGUGUGCAUGUACAGCUAGAUUUAAAAUCACCUUGAGUUCAUUUUAGUUUUUCCAUGACCACUAUUAGAUAGAUAGAUAGGUAGAUAGAUGAUAGAUAGAUAGAUAGAUAGAUAGAUAGAUAGAUAGAUAGAGAUAUAUACACACAUAUGAAUGAUUGCAGCCUACUUCUUGUAACAGAUAUGCAGUCAUCUGAAUAUGUUUCUGGUCUUUACUUUCUAAGGCUUUUUUGCUCCUCCGAUGUUGUUGAUAGCUUUUUGAAGGUUGCAGCCAUGUCUUGCAUUUUUUCUUAAGUGAUCUUCCAAAAAUGAUAAAAUUCUAACAUUGCUCUUAUAUAAAAUCACUUUAGAAAUCUUAACGUCAAGAAUAAUAGCUCAUGCAUAAAUGUUAAUUGGGUCAUCUACAUUCUUCUUCACCAUUAUAACUCUAUGAAAGCAAAGUGUUUGGAGACACUCCACCAGAAGGAUAAGAAUGUUCCAGGUACUAGUUCAUCACUUUUUAAUAGGCAAUGUGAAGAUACUGGGGAAUUUGGAAAGAACUGACAAAAAGAAGUUAAAAUUCUGUGAACCACUUCUUUAGAUAACUUGCCCAAAGCAUCUGUGUCUGUUAGGGUUGGAGCAUCCAUUCCCAAAGUCGUGUCCUGAACCAGGAAGGACAUUCCAGAUCAAAGCAUCAAAGUUAUAGUUCAUGCUGCGGGGAGGAGGACGGAGAGCAAGUAAAGCUCUACAGGUUUUCCUUAAUAAAUUCUCUAUAAUUUUUGUACACUGCACUUAAACUGAAGUCCCACUGGUCAGUGCAAGAUGGGCACACUUCACUACAUGGAAAGAUAAGAAUUUUGUUCUUUAUUAGUGUUGCCAAAAAUUUUAUUAAGGACAUGAUAAAUGUUGAUGGUCACUGGUAGUGCUUAUAACACUAGUCCUUUGCAACCCACAUGUCCAGGCGAUAUCCUCUUCCCCUGUAUAGAACAUACUCAGUCCCAUGAAAUGUAGAAAGCCACAGUGCACUCUCAUGGUGGUGGAUGUAACUGAAGCCCAGGGUCUCUGGGGGGUAAAGUUUUCUCUAAGCAUCACGAAUGUAACAUAGUCAGAUGACUUGAGGGCUAGAAAAAAGGUAUUUUCUGUUACCCACAUUCAAAGCCUACUAUGAUGGGCUACGAACUAGAAAAAUGCAAUAGUGUCUUUAUUUUGAAGAUGCAUUAAAAGAAAACCCACAGUAUCCACCAGUCUGAAGUAGUGAUCAGAUCCUGCCAGUUGGAAGAGAAAGGAAUCCUUUAUCCACCAGUGCCAAAUGGUCCUUCGGCAGCUCUCAAAGACAGCCAGUCCUUCUCCACUCUGGGAAGAACUUCCAAGCAGUAUUCUUAAUGGCCAGGUCCUAGCCCUUUUUAAGGUUGUUUCUUGGAUACUGGGUCCCAUGAAAAUGUCUGAAGAAAGCCCUGAAGGUUGCACAGUUUGCAUGAUCCACUUGGUACUGGUACAGCCUGGGGACCCAUAACUCUAGUGACUGGCAACUGUGACUGAAGGCUUGGUUUGUGGCUUCUUUAGAAAAAUGGUUUGCUUGAAAACUCAGGAGGAUCCAACUUAGCUAAUGUCAUUUGUUAAGAGUCAUAGGAAAAGAUAUUUUGGUAGAAAAGUUUUGAAUGCCAAUGAGUCCGAUCCUUUACUUACCAUUCAUUUUGUUCUAUCUCAGCUAACUAACUUCUACACAGAAGCGACCUGAAAGGAUGGGUCUAGCUGGGAAGGCAAUAUUUUAGCCCCCGUCUCCUGAGGGUACGUUCCAGGAGCCCCAGGAGACACCUCAAACUGUGGACACCAGCAAAUCAGUAUAAAUUAUUCUCUCCCGUAUGCCCUACACUGUCUCUGCACAGCGGAGUUAAUCUGUCCUUCGAGUGGUGCAUGGUGCUUCCUUUUCAUUAGUACUCUUAUUUUGGGCUCUAUUAAAUAAAAUAAAGGCUACUUAAACACAACCACUGCAAUACUGAAAUAGUGCAUCUGGUAACUGAGGCAGGCUUAUGUGACUAACAGAUGAGUGAGGUAUAGAGCAUGGGUUCCCCGGACCAAGGGCUGUUUUGAACUCUGGGAGGAAGAGGACAACACAAGAUUUCAUCAUCGCACUUAGAAUGAUGUGCAGUUUGAAACAUCAAAUUUUUAUUUCUAAGUUUUUCCAUUCCAGAAUUCUCUUUCAUGCCAUGGCUGACUGUGACUAACUAAAACCUCAGGAAAUGGAACAACCACAUUUCCCCCAAAGUGAGACCCAACUGGAAAAUAAUCAGCCUUGCAAACUAGAGAUCAAAACGCCCGGCUUACAGUGCCACCACCAAGCAAGAGUGGUGGCAGGUAAGGUGAGGAGGGGCUCACUAAGGGGUGGCACUUUUGAUCUCUACAUUUCAAGACUGGUUAUUUUCCAGUUAGGGUUUGUUGGGGGAACACAGGGCAUGAAUAAUGGGCAGAAUUCUAUACUGAGUCUUCUUCAGGCCCCCAAGGCUCUCAGACUGGCCAUACAAAUGCACUAGUUCCCUUUGAUACAGAGGUGGACACUCCGUAGCUGCUGCUGUGUUUUAGUUACACAACAAAAUCAGUCUUUUUCAAUGUUACAGGAUAUAAAUGACCAGAUUUUCCAUCAAUUUAGAUUGUACAGUGCAGACAGCUCCUCCCUUGGCAAAGGCAUAUUCUCUCCCAUUUCUGAAGAAUAUCUAUCAGGAUGCACAGCUCAUGCCUAUGAUAGUAUCAGCAUAGCCUCAUGCUUUCCCCUAUUUUUCUCUCUUCCUUAAAAAUUAUGAUAUUGCAUAUUUAGUUUCAGAACAAUUUUAUAUUAAAUAAGCAACACGUGACUUGUCUUCCAAAGAUGCCCAUAUGCCAUAAUGCCCUCAAUGAGUAGGGAUCUGGAGAUUACCAAAAUUGUACUCACUCAGAGAUCCUGAAAAUGAUUCACGUAUUUUGAAUUCAGUGAAAAAGUGUCUUAUCAAGCAUUAGUGUGCAUAGAACAUAUGUAUAUUUCUUAAUGUAGAAUUAGAGUACGCUAAGGAGAGUAAGUUAUUAAGGUUUUGUAACAGAUCCCCAGGUCCCUGAGGCUGAGAUAGAAUAUAAAUUCAUUGUUAUCUCCAAUUCAGAAAAUGAUUCUGCAUUUCACAUAAAAUGGCAAUAAUAAAUUCUUAAGACAUCAUUACUGACCUGAAGAAACUAUCUAUGAGCUGCCACCCCCAUCUCAUCCCUGGUCUUCUCCCUCUCAUUUUACGUGUGAAUGCACUAUUCCAGAUAGAAGAUGUAAUAGCUGGUCUUUGCCAUAGUUAGAACCAUAGUGGCAGAACCUAGGUAAGAACUCACUCAGUUCUUUUUUUUUUUUUUUUGCUUUUUCGUUUUUAUCGGUACCAGGGAUCGAACUCAUGACUGCCUGCUUUCAAGGCAGGCGCUUAUACCGCUGAGCUAAAUCCCCAGCCCCCAAUCUCAGUUCUCUUAAUGCUUUAUUUUUUAUUUGUUUGUUUGCAAAUGUGCUAAAAAAAAAAAAAGACUACAGAAAUCUGUGUCAAUAUCUGUGGAGUGUCUGAGAUUUUACCCUACUUAUAAGCUAAUGUCAGCUUGCCACAAUUCCAUGGAGGCUGGCAGAGAACACAAGACUCGUGGGUCAGAGAUAAAAGACUUCAUUACUCACAGCAAAGCCAGUAGGCAGAGAGUUAGCAGAUUUGUCUUGAUUUGAGCCCUGACUCCAUAGGAGUAACAUGGAUUCCCUAGAUGGAUAUCUGUACAGGCAGUGUUUCCUGUUCCGAGAGAACACUGAGUUCAGGAAUGCAGUGUUUUCUUCGUCUCCAAAGACACUGUCUCAUCCCACAAGAUGGUGUGAGUAAGAGUUUUUUCUUUUCAUCUUUUAGUUAAAAGUUUGAUUCCUGGCAUUCCCAACAAAUAUGUCACAACAAAGCAUGUAGCAGUACUAGAGAUACAUGAAGGAGUAUCCCCUGAGAAUCUGUGUAGAUCGAGAGAUGAAACUGGUGGUUGAAAUGUCCAGGGUGCUUCUUAAAGUUUAUUAUGCACAGAAAUAAUGCAAUGAGCUUGUUAAAAUGUGCUCCCGUUCAGUGAUAGUAUACCAGAGGGUGAAAUUCUCAAUUUCUUCACCUUCUUGUCUUGCAAGAUACCAUGAGUUCAAGGAUCACAGUUAAUUAAAGAGUAAGGGUCUCGGUUAAUCUCAAUAGGUUUCAUUGGUCACUGUCUUCUAACUUCUACAAUUCUGUCUCACACACUCACAGGGUCUUUAUCGUCUACUUCCCAGGGCUUAGCAAAAUAUAACAAAGUGAUGCUGUCUAAAAGUACAAAAGACAGGAACAUGCAUUCUAAGUAGACUCUAGAAUAUCUAUUUUUUUUUAAUUUAUAGCGAGGCACUGACUUGGAUUGUAAUAUAUAUGGCAUGAUCAGUUCAUUCAGUCUCUAAAAGAAAGCCAUCAAAAUCAGCCAUCAUUUUAUUAAUUCUUGGUCCGAGGACAGGAUCUACUUGAACUCUACAGGAUCAAGCAUUCUCUCUAUAGAGACAAGUCUACAUGAGACAACAAAUCACAAUCAGAAGGUUGUUUGGGGACCACAGGGACAUAACAGUGAAAUCAGAAAAAAAUAAACCAACUCUGUAGUGGCAUUAGUCUAAAAUCAGUGUUGCUUCAUUCAUUUUGCAACCUGAAAAGAUGUACCUCGUAUCCACUAAUGCUGUCCGCCUUUCCUGUGAAGAAUGCAUAUGUGAUAUUCACCUUUGAGUCAUCCACUCCUAAUUUGCUUGUUGACUUUAUUUUCUUUAGCCAUGUGGUUUGACUGAUUCUAUAUCGCUACUUGCUCUUUAGUGCAACAUCAAACACAUGGUAGUUUCUGCCCACAGUAGGCAUGUUCACCAGUGUCCCUAAGCCAGACCAAGUGCUACUGUGUGACUCCCUAUGGAGGAAGGUAAGGCCCUUCGUACUUAAGGAUUCUCAAAAUAAACAAACAAAAAGUCCUUUAUUUUUAUAAGCAUUCUGCCUCUGAAGGUUUCCUAAUCUUUUCUGGGAGCAUAUUCUUUUCAGUGCUAUCAGUAGCUGAAAAUUGCUUUUAAAAUGAUAUUACCAAACCAAUCUAAAUAGUCACCCUUUAUCAAGUGUUCAUUGAUUACUCCUCUCUGAGUCCCUUUGACAAUGUAACAACCCAGAAAGCAAAGAGCUAAGUUUAUUCAUUUAUUAGCACCUAAUCACAGUGAUACGUGCAGGCAGGCACAUUUAGUAACUAGUAUUCUUUCAACAACAGUAAUUCCAACCUCCUGAAAGUUAAUACACUUACAUGUUUGUUUAAAAAAAAUGCUUGAGCACGCCAAGAGAUUUAAAUGAAUAUAUACUUAUACAUCUCUGAUUUAACGCCUUCAGAUCUCAUUUACACAUGGCCAGCCCCUUCCCUAUGUUGGUAAUCCAGGGUUGAUUAAGCGAGCAUUUGUAGUGGGGGAAAAAAGGCCUAACAACUGAAUAUAACAGAUGCUUUCAUUUUCCCAAUAGUGAGAAAAGAGUUAAUGUGAGAGACACUGGUGCUGAGCAUAUUAACUCCUGUUCAGAAUACUGGAAAUAUAUAUGUAGAGAGUCAGGGGGAGUGGGGGAGACAGGGACAGAGACAGACAGACAGAGAGAGAGAGAAAGAGGCAAGGACAGACACAAGAGAGAGACAAACAGAGAGAGACAGAGAAGAGAGAGAUAGAGAGAGACAGAGACAGAGUAUAGACAGAGACAGAGAGAGGUGAGAGAGAGGAGAAAGGGACAGACAGAAGAGAGGGAGACAGAGACAGAGGUGAGAGAAAGAGAAAAGAGAGACAGAGUGGAGAGGGAGAGAGAAGAGAGAGAGAGAGGAGAGAGAAGAGAAGGGAGAGAGAGUGGAGAGAGAGACAGGAGCGAGCGAAGAGAGAAGGAUUGGACUCACAUUAGACACACAGGCCCCCUGACUCACCAGCGGUACUGGCAUGGUCUCGGUAUGAGCAGAGCCUGUAUUUCAGGUGUGUUGUGCAGUCUCCUCCUCCUCAGGAGCAAUGAGAAUUUCUCAGAACCCCAACAGGGCACUCUCUGCCUCUGUUUAGACUUGCUGUGUAUCACAGCCUAAUGACACUUUCAUUGUGAUUAAGAGGAAGGAGUAGGGAUCAGAGAGGUCCGCAGAGCUGAUAGAUGGCUUGUUAGUUUUAAAUGCUAAUGAAUAACUUGCAGUGCAGCUAAAUAAAGCCUAGUUCAAGCCAGAAAUCAUCACCAUUGUAAUAUAAAAGACAAAGGCUGAUGUCCCACGUCAGUUUGAAAACUUAAGGCUCCAAUGCAUGACAGAAGCAUAGUGGGAACGUGCAGUAUCAAGGCAAGUCAGCCUCCUCCGCCUCAUUCUGGUCUUGGACUCAGUACUGCAUUAAAAAUUAACUGUGACACAGGAAAAGCGUAUCAGUUUGUGCGAAUUUGAUAGCCUUGACUUUAGAAACUUUGCGUGCCACAAAUGUACUUUAAUAGUAUUGUUUAUGCUUAAUGAGCUCACAUUUCAAUUAUUAAUUUUUAUUUUGUUACAUGUUUGUAGUAUGUAAUGAUUAGCCACAUCAUGUUGUGUUGGAACGCAUACAUCAAACAUUUUAACUCUCUGCUCAUCUCCUACCCUUUCCCUCUCCUUCCUUCCAUCCCUUAAUCCCCUUUCCUUUUGCAAAAGAUCUAUCACCUUGUUCCACAUUUUAUUUCAUUCCUUAUUUAUGUUCUGGAUGUGAUUGUGCUUUUGUAGGUUUUGGUUAAUUUACUUUAAUUUUGAUUGUGGCAAAAGUGAUUGACCAAUCAUACAGAAAUCUAGUAUUUGUUUUUUUAAGAAUUGGUAAAUCCUGCUGCCAAUUCAGACUGUGAUUAAAAAGACAUCCUGGUGUGUCAGGAAUUUAUGAGACCAGUUCUGUAUUGAUUAAAUAAUGUGAUGGCAACUUUCCUAACUGUACCAUGUGAGGCAAUGGUACCCAUAGGGGACCCUUCAUUUUGACUUUCAGAGAACUUUAGAUAAAAUAUAUUUAUGCAUAAGAAGGAAAUGAUGGUAAAAUGCUAUUUAUAGCAAAAGUGUGUCCUACUUUCUAAUAUUAAUUUUCACAAGAGAUAUGAGCUCUUAUCUCAUGAAUCUAUGCUAUUUAAUACAAGGUCUAAAAUGAAAACUUCCCUUUACCUCUUGACACACCAUCAGUCCAAUCUGGUAGUUAGCAAACAUUCGUAGAAUCAAACACAAAAGUGGGAGUUGGAUGUGUGGCACUCACUUGUAAUUCCAAUGCUUGGAAGACUGAGGCAGAAGGAUAACUACAAGUUCAAGGCCAAGCUGAGCUACAGAGUGAGCUCAAGUUCAGCCUGGACUAUGUAGAUUGACAUAACCUGAAAACCAAACAGAAGAGGACAUGAUAAAUUAAAAAGGUAAACACUGUCGGGCUGAGAGUGUAGCUCAGAAAUUAAAUGCACGUGUAACAUGUGAAAGGUCUUGGGUUUUUUUCUUUAAUUCUCAGCAGCAGCAGCAGCAACAUCAGAAAAAGAGAGAGAAAAAGAGAAUCAGCAGUGCCUUUUUCUAUGAAUCUAAAAGGAAACUAUAUAAACACAACAGAAGCAAAUAAACAAUUCCGAAGCUGUGGGUAAGCCAUCAGGUACUAACUAAAUACUAUGGUAACUGCCCUCAAUUUGGUAAAAUAUUCUAUUAGUUUUCCUCUGUAAAUUAGGAAAACUUGCUUAUCAAAUUCACUUAUGUAUCUUCAGAUACAUGAGAGGAGAGGUGGUGGAAUCGUAGAGAAAUAUUUCUCCUCUAAAAAGAAAUAGUAAUAAACUACUGUACGUAAACCAAUUUUAAAAUAGUAUUUAACAUACUCUGCAAUAAGAAAUAAUUAACCACUAAAAUUAUGUAAUUAAAAAAUUAUUUAUAACAUAGACACUAUAUAUUGUUUUCUAUCUGAAAAUCAUAUUUCACUACUAUAAAAUUGCUAUAUGUCCCUUCACAUUUUAUUGAUGUAGGUAAUUUUAUUUCAUUUAAAGCCAUAUAGAUCCAUUGUCUUGUACUAGAACUAGUGGAAAAGAAGGUGUUUGAAGAUCACCAAUAAGCUGUAGUUUGAGAUAGGGAGGACACCGUUACAGCUCUGUGAGAUGUUCUGUGGUGUGAAUGUAUAAGUGUAACUUGUGUCACUUGUCAAAAGUAAAAGGGUAGGUAUAAAAAAACUGAAGUCUAAUAAUGUGAUAAAUUAGAGACAUUUUCUUGUUUUAAAAGACAAAAGUUGCUAAAUGAUUCCUUUUAAGAAUUGUUUUCUAUCACAAGCUCCCUAAUUUUUGCAUUGCAGAGACACAACAAUUUAAAGGAGGAGAGGUUUAGUUCAGCUCAUGAUUUCAGAGGAUUCAGUCCCUGGUUUUCUGGUUCAAGGCAAGAACUUCACAGUAGAAGGGCUUGGUAGAAGACAGCUGCUCAGUUCAUGAGAUCCUGGGAGUAGAGAGGAGAAUAAUUCCAGAGAACAAGGAGCUGGAGAACACAUAUAGAAGCCAAGGUCAAGCUUCCAUGAUCCACCAGACAUACCAAAAUGUCUGCUUUAUGAAUCCCCAGGGCAGAUCUCAAGCUCAGUCAAAGUGACAGUUAAGUUCAAUCAUCAUGUUCUCCUUGGAAAGUCCUACAUGUGUCACCAGAGUCAGAAAACCAAUAAGAUUUUUAUAGUUACACUGUUUUAAAACAUUUUGUUUUGUCCUCAAAUUCUCUUACAUAGGGACAGUGUGUAUGUGUGUGUAUGUGUGCAUGUGUGUGCGUGUGUGUAUGUGUACGUGUGUGUGUAUGCACGCACAUGUGUAUGUGUGUGCAUGUGUGUGCUGAGAGGAAGCAGGUAUCAAGAGGUCUAGUAAGGAGUCCAAGAAUUAAUUAGGGGCAGAUAUGAAGAGAGGAUUUUGUUCGGUGAAUUCAGCGGUUUUACCACUACCCCUGGGAAAGAAACAGGCUGAAGUCAGAAAGGAGAAAAUGUUCAGCCACAUUUUGGUCUGAACAGUCCUGAGGUCACCUGAAAUAUGGUUCCAAUCAGUAGUUUCCAGCUGAGCCAGAAAGGGAAUCCCUCAGGAGCUUCACAUAUGAUGAAACCUUCUGUCCCCUUUUGCCAAUGAGACAUGCUAUAGCUCUCUUUCUCCAAAGGAAACUGGUAGAAUCAAGCACUAGAUGCUUGUCACUUCAACUCCACAUUUCCUGAAAGCAAGGACCAUGUGUAACCUCAAUAAAGCUGAGAUGUUUUGUUUUAAUAAAUAAAUAAACUAAAAGCUGUUAGCAGUUAUCUAGAUCAUUACGGAAGACUUUCUUAACUGUGCGGGAGAGACACCACAUUAUUGCAACGAUAACAGUGAUAAAUUUCUUCAUUUAUUUCUCCCUGAAAUGUACUCAACCUCAUGUUAACUGCUCAACACAGUUUUUCUGUCUUCCUAAUUCAAACUGUGCUUACUCUCCUGUUUCCUCUUUCCCUCUCUCUCAAAUUCUCCUUCCACCACAUUACUAAGUUUUCUUUUUUUCACAAUUCUUUAUUAUCUGAAGUUCAUUUAUCACGUUCCGUAAGAUUCAUGUAUUAUUCCUAACAACAGAUUUAAAAGUUAUGUGUUACAUUACUGACAUAUCUAUCCAUACACGCACACAUAACGUAUUUACACAUACAACAUAUUUUUGUAACGACUUGAAAUACAGAUAUAUUCACACACGCAGAUGUCUAUAUAUAAUAUAUGCAUACUUGCUAUUAUGUACGUGUGUGUGUUUUCUUAAUUGUUUUGAAGUGUUUAUUCAUACCUCCAUGUAUGUUUUCAUUUACCUCUGCAAACCUAACCCUUUUCUGGGGCUUGUCUCACAGUAACAUCAAUAAAUAGUUUUCUAAUAAUGGAAAAAUAAACAUAAGCUUGCUCAUCUGGAACAUGUCGGUGACCUCCCAGGGCCUCAGAGAUGUCUGGAAACCCAUGGCUACCCUUGCUUCGGGAAUUUUCUGCCCGGGUUUGAAGGCAAAUGUGAAAACUAGCAUCAGGGGUACAGAGAGUCUUCAUUAGCAAUCAUCGCACCCUGAGGUAGAAGGAAGGGCUCUCUGAUUUUACAUCCCAUCAAAGAGGCACAAUUCAUAGGAAGUUAAUAAAACAGCUUCUUUAUAACAGCUGAGGAAAUCAAUAAUUUAACUGACAAUAAAUAGAAUUUCCUUGGCAGUGAAAUUCAAUGGUGCGACAGUAAUUUUAUCAUUAUGAUUCUUGAGAUUUUACAUUGUUCUACCAGUUGUCUUAGUCAGGUCAGGCUACUAGAACAAAGCACCAUAGAUUAGGUGGCUUACUAAAAACAGAAAUUUGCUUCCUACAGAUUUGAAGCUGGAAGGCCAGGAUCAGGAUUGCCAGCAUGGCUGUGUUUUGCUGUGUGUCUCUUUCAGGGUUAUAGAGUAUUGUUCACUUCUGAUUGUAUCCUUAUGUGAUGGAAGGUGAGAGAAUGCUCUUGUGUCCCUUUUUAUAAGAACAUUGAUGUCAUUUAAAAGGACCCAUUUCAUGAACUAAUUAUUUCUCAAACACCCCAUGUUCCACUAUGACCAUAUUGGGGUUUAGGAUUUCAGCAGGCAAAUUGGCAGAGUAAGAAACAGACACUCGUGUUAUAUUUCACUUCUAGACUUUACUGUGAGUAAAAAAUAAAACAAAAUCAAUUAUUAUAUGAAAUGUAGCAUUUCAUAUAACACAGAAUACUGUGAAAAUUAAAAGUAGGAGAGCAAAUUCAGUUUACCUGAAUUUUAUCCUCAGUAUCAACAAAGCAGGAAAAAGUCCUCAUAUAUACAUUAUUACUAGAAAAUGCAACAGUUCAAAAACUUCAACUAUUAGAUUAAAGUAUAGGCAAUAGAAAAUGCUUAUCAAUUUCUGUAUAAUUUCUGCCUUUUGCUAGAAAUAUUAUUUUUAGAACAAUCUUCCCUCAAGCUAUUUUUCUAAAACUCAGCUACUACAUUCAGAGCACAAUCUAUAUAAAAAAUACACGUUGGAAAUUGCACCAAACUCUGCAAUACUUAAUCAAUUUUUAUCUCAAGCAGAUGGCUGUGGGAUAUGAUAGAAAUAGGGGUAAAAAGGAAAGAAAAACAACCAAAAAGAAUCUUGGGUCUGCAUUGCUGUAAAUAAAAUUGAGGCAUUUUUCUCAAAGAUUGUUUUUUCUUCCAACUGUCCUCAAAAAAUCAGAUUGCUGUAGGCUGAAUUUUUAAGUCUGUUUGUUAUUAGUACACAUGUGAAGUCCAUAAGACUUAUAUUCCUUGCAAGGAAUUGGUAUAUAUACAUAACUUAUCUUAAUUCCUUUCUUUGUACCCUCCUUCUGUCUCUUGCUCCCCUUGCCAUUUGGGAGAGAUGUACUUCUUUUCUUCCUAUUAUCUUUCGUUUUACUUUUUGGAAUUAAGGUUUCUCAUUUAGGAGAAAUUAUGCAAUAUUUAGCUUGUGUGUCCGAUUUAUUUCACUUAACACAUGGAUUUUCCUAUAAGUGGGUCAAGACUGAAUGUUUAUUUUUGCCUCUAAAUUAAAAUCCUAACCCCAACAUAAUAACUGGAGGCAGAGUCUUUGGUAAACAAUUAGAUUGGGAUUAUUUAUUUAAACAAAUUAUUCAUUUAAACAAUUGAAUGGGAUUAUUGCCCUUGUGAAAGAACCCUCAGAGAGCAUAUUUACCCCUUCCACCAUGAGAGGAUACAGCCAUCUAUAAAGAAUAGGCUCUUAUCUGACCCUGAAUUUGCCUUACACUUGAUUGUGUUUUCACAAAAAUCCUGUUCUUUAUAAACUAUCUUGUCUCUGGCAUUUUGUUACAGCAUCCUGACUGAACUAAAACAAUCCCUAAUGCUUAAUUAAUAUUUAGAUUCUGAGCUUUAUUGUAUUCUCCAUCUCUGCAUCACCAGCAGCAAAUAUGCCUCUUUAUGUAAUAAUAGAUUGGUUUUUUGGGGCGUUCAAACUUUUUAAUGGAUUUUUUGGACAUUCAAACGUUUUAAUGUGAUGAUAGGGAAAACAAGAGCUGUAUACCAUACCACAAGUUCAGCAUAUUAACAAGGAAGAAUGUCAACAUCCCUUUUUUCUGGUUUGAGUUUGUGUACUGUGCCUCUCAUAACAUCAGUCUCAGGAAGCUGAGGCCAAGGGUCCUGUGACCUUUGCAGGUAUCCUGUUCUUACAGUGACGUGCUGCCUACAUGGGGUGAAAGGAGUGAAGAAGGGAUUUAGAAGUCUCAUAUUUUGCCUAAGGUUAGUCAUGAUAUGCAUGUGAGUCACAGGAAGGAAAUGAGAAGUGCAUGCUUGCUGGCAGAGUUCCUGCCAGAGAUCAGCUGACUUGUUCCCUCCUUGUAGCUAUUUUGAAGGCAAGACACGCUGCUGACCAGAAACUAACUCCAAGGUGGCCUUUGGUCCUGUCCGUCCCUGGAAUCUCUCCAGCAUCCCCUCACAUUAUGUUUUGUAAACUGCUUUCCCUCCAUCUCCAAUAGCUCUUUGACAAGUCCCUCUAUAUUAGCAAACGCAAGCACUAGCUGUUGUUCAUCUCUUAGUGUGUCGAAUUUAUAGAUUCAACUAUAUCAUAGUUAUAUGUGUAUACACAGGGACAAGUGUGGUAGAUUAUAUGUAAUAUUUAGUAAUAUCUGCAUUUGGAGGCAUGUGGGGAACAUUUUGGAGCAUAUCUCUACAGGAUAAGGAGCUAUGAAUAAAUCCUUCUGCAUUCCAACCUCCACCCACAUCCUCUCUACACAAAGCCUCACUCCUUUCUUUCUCCUGGAAGACCUUCAUGACUAAUUAACUGAGAGUCUCACAUUAUUGUGGAGGGGAAAUAUUUUCAACCUGUGUUGUGAAAGAGGUGUGCCAGUUCCUUAAAAUGUUCCAAGUUCAGGAAAUAUAGCCCCCGCCAAGACACUAAAAACAAAUGAGAGCUUUGAUUUCAAAUUCAAAUAAGUGAAAACCUUGCAUCAUACAAAUGUGUACUUUUUCAUUUCACUUUCUAGGACUUUUUCUAUGGCUGGCCCUCUCUUUCUGUUAUGAUAAAAGCAAAGAAGCAACAUGUAACUUCCACUUGGGUUUUUUUAUUUGUUUGUUUGCAUAUAUGGCCCAUGAGCUAAGAAAGGCUUUUGUAUUUUUCAAUACUUGAAUAAAUCAAAAGAAUAAUAUUUCUGGACACAUGAAAAUCACAUUAACUUCAAAUUUCAGUGCCAGUAAGUAAAGUUUCACUGGAACAGAGCCUUGCUGGUGUGCUCCAUGGCAAUUUACAACCAGAGCUGAGAACUUGCUGAGAAGAUGACCAUUUACCACCCACCACCCAAAGCCCCAGAUCCUCACAGCCCGGCUCUUUACAGGUAGAGAUGACUGCUCACUGUUUAAAGCCACGCUUAAUUAAACUACAGAGACUCGGGUUCAAAUUCAACUCUGUUCCUUACUAGCACACAUUUAAUUGGAAGACGGGACAUAUCAGCUUCAUGGUGUAACGCUUUGGAAAUGAAUGAGCAGAUGUACAUCAGGCCUUUCAGCAAUUCUCUGACAAAGAAUGACAUAAAAUUAAUAGAUGACUUUUUUAAAAACCUGAGCCAAGGAUGAAUUCCUGCCUGCUCCGUGACUACAUUUCCUUCAUAUAUAGAAUACACAAAAAACUAUGAAAUGUUCCCUCGCUUGUUGAUACCUUUUUCUAACAACAAACUGCCAUACUGAAAGGCAGAUCCUUUAAAGCUAAACAUAGUACAAAAAUCUGCACACCUCAAAUAUCUAUAGUAAUCUCCUAGGCUUGCAGUAGCAAAUGAUUACAAACUUGAUGGCUUAACACAGCAGCAAUCUAUGCUGCUGUGGUUCCAGAGCCAGAAGUCCCACAUCAAGGAUUUGGCGGAGGUGUUUCCUCUGGGGGAUUUGAUUCUUUGCCCACUUCCUCACCUUUCACAGUUGCCAGCAAUCCUGGGUGUUCUUCCACAGCGGCAGCCUGUAUCCAGGCUCCUUUUCUAUCUUCAUGUGGCCCAGUCUGCACACCACCGUGGUAAAUCACAACAUGCAUUUUUUUAGGAUUUGUUGCAUAGAUGGAGACAGGUUAGCAAGAUUAAAGCAUUUUAUGAAAAGAAAUCUGCAAAGCUUAAGAAUUAUACAAAUCAAUUAAACAGGUUAGGGCAACCUACAUCCCAGCCUGAUGUGACUCCUUUGUCCUAGCACGAUGCUCUGUUUUCCGAUAUUUCCAUCCUCCACUCCAUCCAUCAUAUUUAUUUCAUGUUUCUGUUCUUUUCCUAAGCGCCUUUGCUGUUUCUUUUUCUUCUCUUUUCUGCAUACCUGGCGAAGGAACUGAAGAGUCAGCUGGCACUCUGCGUGUGCCUGUCUGCAGGCCAAUACUUGUUGCUCUGUCCUAUUUAGAGGACCUGAGUUCCUAAUGACGAAAUGUGCUCCGCACAGAGACCAACACAAUUUUGGCAAUCACAGGGAGAGACACUUAUUUUCCCUGCUAAGCAAAUAGCUUAUUACUGAAAACCACUAAGAACCAAGCUGAAGUCGGUAUACAAGAAAUGACAUGAAUCAUAAAAGUCUUAGCCAGGCUUAAACUAUUGUGUAUACAUACACAGAAACAUGCAUAAGCACACAAACUCCAGCUGUUCAUUUCUCCCUUUUCUUUUCUUUUGAAUAUGCCUUAAUUCUGUAGUAACCCCAAGCCAAGGAUUAAGUCAAGUAGGAGCUCAGUGGAAAUCUGAUCCAACACUGCUUUUGGAAAGAAUUCAUAGAAAGGCUCAAAGCCAUGAAAGCAUGGCUCUCUUCCAAGACCCAGUAGGGAGUGUUUGCUUUGUGACCAUUUUAUUCUACCCAGUUACCUCUCAAAAAAUGGGGCAUUGGCUGCUUAGGGAAGAAGAGCUCAGUACCAAUUCUGCAUAGUGCAAUGUUGUGCAAAAUGUAUGUUCCCAUAGUGUUCCUAAUGGACAGUUAGUUACUCUACACUUCCGUUGGUAAUGCACAAUACCCAACAGAAAUGGAUGCACCCUAAAUUAGGAAUCAGAAGACCUGGCUUUUAAUCAUGGCUGGGUGACAGAGGAGCUUGGAAAGUCACCUAAGGUCUCAGGAUGUGGGAUGAGAUUAUCUCGAAAUCUUCUUAUAGCUCUGAGUCAGUGAUUACAUUCUGAUCAAUGGAGUCUGGUUUUAAACUUGUGGGACAUAGUUAUAAAUAUUUUAUUACUUCCACAUUCUAUUUACUGCCUGGAGAAUUUUAUGAAAAGUGUUGGCACCCAGAAUCAAUCUCCUAAAAUUGUCCAUAAACACUUUCCUUAUUUCUUUGAACUCUAAGUGGGAAUCUUGUUUACAUUUUUGAAAGUUUGUGUACAUGGGGGAGGAGAUGUAUAUGUAUUUGUGCCUAAAAUACCUUUGGACCUGUGAAUAUGAAGAGAAAAGAGGAAGGAAAAAAUAAAAUGUGAGUGUAGAAGAUACUGGAAUUUGUAAGAGAACUGAGGUGUUAACCAAGAAGGGCUUUUAUUUUCCCCCUAGUUCUUGGCAACAAUAAAACAUAAUACAAUUCAGAGGAAAUAAAGAUCGUGAAGUCACAGAAAUGAGUCCAGAUUCUUAAGUCACUGCUUUCCUAUGUAUAUAAUUUUUACCCAGUGUUUGAGACUUCAAUCUAGGUCGUCUUUGAAUGGGGUCAGCUGUAAGUUGUAGUGAUUAUUAUGUAAAUAAUAUACACACAUUCCCUAGCAAGGACAUAGUCAUCCUGAAGUAGCGAUUUCUAACCCUGAAAGUACAUACACUUCCCCUGGGGUCUUGUUAAAAUCAAGUUCUAAUAUAGUAGAUCUGAACUAGGGCCUGAGAUUUUGCAUUUCUGAAAAUAUCUGAUGAGAAGCUAAAGUUUUAAACUGAAAUUGUAGAGGCAUUUUAAAAAAGCCAAACACUUUUCCCUGCAUCCUGCCAUCUCCAAGCCUAGGAGACAUUUACUUUGAAAUGUUGGUCUUUUUCUCUCUGUUCUUCCCUUGUGUGUAUGUCUGUUCUGUAGAGCUGUCUGUCACCUAUCAUCAGGACAAAAGACACCAGCAGUGUAUCAUUUUCAAGUCCUCUUGUGUCAACCUGCUGGGACAAGUCCCCCAAACUUUGGCUGGGUACUAUGAGUUUCUCUUUUCUUAUCUCAACUACUGCUACUGGUUCUCAAAUGCUAAAAAUUAUUGAUUAAAUUCUUCACCUUCUUUUACACUAGAUAGGCAAUGUUUCCCAGGGGGGAAAAAUGUACUCCUUUACUGGUUUCAAACUUACCUCUGUUAAGACAGUAUAACAAAAAAAAAAAAAAAAAAAAAAAAAAAAAUCAAAACAACAAAAAUCUUGCUCCUACAUUUUCGUGGCUCAUAUUUUUAUCAUUUUUAUGUUCUUCUACUUCUCAAAAUGAUAGUAAAAGGCCUAGCAACGAUUUAUUUGUCUUUCCAGUUCAUUCAGUCAAUAAUAGAUGAUAAUUUACUGUCCCUCUGUAUGAUUGGAGCAUAUUUUAAAUUAUCCAUUUAAGCUUGGUCUGUAAUUAAAAUUAUGUGGGCAUUUAGAGCACUAUUCUGCAGAAAUGCUCUGAGGGCUUUCUCUGAUCUAACUCACAGAGUCCAGGUGCAAAGCAGCAUAAAAGCACUGAGGGAAAAAAAAAUCAGCCAUUUCUUGGGUUCAUGCACUGGCCAUUUGUUUGCCAGCGCCCUGGAGCAAUCUAAGCAUAUAGCUUUGCAGGAGAUUCAGUGUCUCCCAGAAUUACCAGGAAAUAUGGAAUCUCUGGAUGCACUAGAGAGAAGGUAGGUCUGUCUCUCUAUUUUGAAACAUUUCAUGGAACAUGACUUUUAUAAACAAACAUAUUUCUAUGUGAGAUGCUAUUAUCAUUCAUGCAUAUUCACUUACCUACUAAAAAAAGAUUAUUCAUCUUUGUCUCCAAAUAUUGUGCAAAGCCUCCCUCAUAUGUGACAUCAGCAAACACGUGAUUUGUUUCAGUCAAUGAAACAGCAGAUGUGAAUGUGAAUGUGCGACAACUGUGAAGCCCCAUGAACAACUAAUAGUUCAGUAUCUCAGAGUUCCUCUGCUGAGAGAAGGACGUGAGCCAGGUAAACUGGAUGUCUGGAUCCUGGCCCUAGAACUAAAAGGCCAGAGAACAGGAGCAGAGCAGCAGUUGGGCUGCAGUCCACGAGGUGCAGGGCCAAGAAAGACAUUUUCAUGCAGGAAUGAGUGAGACUUGGACUGUCACCAUGGCAUACCCCAUCAAAAAUCAACUGAACUGGUGCUCUUACCUCUACCGAUGACUUAAGGAAAGUAGGAGAAAACCCUUCAACCACACAGAAUGAGCUGGAUAGCCAAGCAAUUUCCUACAGCAACUGUUAAAUGUAAAUGAGAUCUGAAAGGAAGGAAGGAAGGAAGGAAGGAAGGAAGGAAGGAAGGAAGGAAGGAAGGGAGAAAGAAAGUGAAAGAGAGAAAAGGAGAAAGAGAAAAAGAGAAAGAGAAAAAGAAAGAAAGAGUCUUGUACUUGAAUAUAUAGAUUUAUUCAAAGUUAAGACUGCUCAGCUGGAAAAAAAACUGUCUUGAUAGAGAGAAAAAGGAGAUUGCAGAGAAAGGAAGGAGGUUAUUUGUAUUGUUAGGUGAUGGAGUUGGUGGUAAGCACUGUAUUGUAUUUGCUAUUCCUGCUCUAGAAACAAAAAAGCAACAAGGUAAAGCUAAAGAUUUACAUACAUUGCUUUGAAGAAAAACAAGCGCUCUCUAAAUUCUAACAGAAAUUCAUACCCUCAAAUGUGUGCCAGAAUAAUAGCAGAAAACCAAGUAGAGCAAGUUCUACUGAAAAAGACUGUUCUUUUCAUUGCCACCCAUAAUUAUUAUUAGUCAAAAAAAAAAAAAAAAAAAAAAAAACCCUGUGAUAUUUCUUAAUGAUAACCUGAACCAAACCCCUGACGACUGCCUUGUCACUAGAAAGCUUUUUAGCUAGGGAAAUAUACAGAAGAAUUUCAAGGACUUGUCAUUAGUGUGUCUUUGCUCCUCCAUGUCACCUCAGCCUACAAACAUCAAGGGAACCGAUUCAAAAUGACCUCUACCGAAGGAAUCGCGAUUUCCCAGUCAAAAGGACGGUUACGGUUAAGUUUAUUAAACUAGCAAACAUGUGAUCUGUCCCCAUCAUCUCCAUAAUUAAGGAAAGCUACAUUUAUGGAUAUUCAUGAAAAAAGAUUUAAAAAUAAUUUUUGUCACUUUUUCUCCUUUUGAUGUGGGCAGAACAUACACUGACAGGACACCUGAGCCAUUUGUUGGACACUGAAAAUUCUAGAAGCCAAUGUUGAGUAAAGAGACGUUUGAGUAUCUCUAUAUUUAGAUUCAUGGUGUAUGGGGAACUACUGGUAUCAAAAACCAAGAACCAAACUGUUUCUAUUUCAAAUGAAUAUUUCUUUUAAUGCUUUGUUCCCCCAGUUCAGUUAGUGUCUUUUGUGUAUCUUUAAACUAUAAAAUACAGUGAAACUACUGUAUACAAGGAAAAAUAUUCUUUUUAACUGGUAUGAUCAUACUGUUUGUCAUUCAAACUAGGACGUUUUUGAGAGGAAAAUGGGGAUCUUAUUAAAAUUUAUAUGAGGAUUAUCUCAGAUAAAUCAAGAUGUAUAGCCACUUUGUUAUUGGAAAAUUUGAAAGCUGAGUCAAAAUUAUUAACUGCAAUGGCUGAAGAUGUAAGUCAGUUGUAGACGAUUUUUUUUAGCGUGAUCAAGCCCUGAGUUUAAUCCUCCUCACUGCCACAAGAAAAACAUAACAGAAACAAAAUCCAACAUUAAUGGCACCAGGGAUCUUUGUUACAGAUUUGCUUGAAUAACAUCUAUGAUAAACUUCCUACACUCCUUUAAUUAAUGGGUGAGGAUUGAAAGAGGCCCUGCUAAAUGGCUUAGCGAGGGUGAAAACCACAUGGCUUAAGACCUAAUCUUAGGAUCACCACCAGGAUGUACUAUGCACUUUAUAUAUAUUAUAUAUUUGAUCUUUAAUGCAACCCAAUGAGACAGUGUCUCCAUUUUUGAGAAUAUAAAAUUGAGUCCAAGCUCAAUCAUUAAACAACUUGGUCAAAUUCAUAAGCUAGUGUAAACUGGAGCCUGAUUCAAAUCCAGUUAUAUCUAGAAAUACAAAAACACAUUCUUUAUUAAAGUGCUUAGAACUUUUUUCCCUUCAGUCUACCUUUCAAAGGGGUGGAAAUCAAAAGUCAGGAAACUUUCAGGGACAGGAAGGGGUGUAAAGCUUACCCUUUACCUGGCAUUGUAUCCAUUCACUUUUCAUGGCUACUCAGUCUUGAAUGGUCCUUCAUAAAGUGCAAAUUGUUCCCCUCCAUGAAAUGCAACAUGUUGGAUUGGAGAGACAGAAUAAUAAUAAUCACUUUCACAAAAUCUCAGUGUGAUCUAGUCAAAAUAAAUUCAAUGUGUAGACAGUUUGAAAGUGAAAUUGCUAGAUGACUGUUGGAAAGCUGCUUUGUUUCUCACAGUCCUACUAUCCUCAACUGGUAGUAUUUAUCAUAAAAAAUUCCGAGGGCACCAGAAAAUCAGAUGAGAUACACAAAUGAAAAGUUAUGAAGUGCCUAGGACAUGUUAAGGUCAUGUGUUCAUUUUGUUUUCUCCUUUGAUAGCACUGAAGAGCUUCAACAUAGAUAAGAGGAAUAGUAAAAAAUUUGAAAAGAGCUGAGCUUAUAUACAAUCUCUGCCAUUUAUUAGUUUUCUAAUCCUUGAGAUAAUCUCUGAGGACUUAGCUUUCCCAUCUGUACUUAUAAAGAUUGUAGUAAUAGGUGACCUUAAUAUCUUUUGGUACCAUUGUAAAGUGCCACAUGCAAAGAGCAUAAAAGUUCUUUAGAAGUUGUGACUUUCAACUAUUAUUAUUGUCAUCACCAUCAACCACAUAGACUCUUAGUAAGAAGUACAACAGGAUGGGCUGGGAUUAUACCCCAGCAGCACAGAGCCUGCCUGGCAAGUGUGAGGUCAUGAGUUUGAGUCCCAGUACCAAAGAUAAGUCAACAGGGUAACAUCCUUAAACAUCAGAGAUCAAGUGAUAAGACCACACAGCUGGUCAUUGAACAAUAUUUUGAGGACCAGUGGGAUAGAAUGUAGUAGCCAGUGGGUUACAGAGUAUGAGCUUGAAAAGCAUUUCCACUCCUAGAUCUUUGAAGCCCUGUGAACAUCACAGCAUUUAGAAUGUCCGAAGAUUUUUUUUAUCAGAAUGUUAAUCUCAACUAUCUUGGAAUACAAGAGACUUUAGUAGAGACCUGCGUACAGUGGAUGAUGUUUUGCUGGGUGCUAUAUUCCCUGCAAAAACUGGGAUCAGUAAAGAAUAAAAUUAUGACCCAGACCAGCACAUGAUUCACAGGCAUGUUUAAAGGAAUUUGAUUAAACCUUGAGGAGUUGCUCAUGUUUUAUCUAUUUUUUUUUCUUUCAAAACAGUUUGCUGUUCAUUUUGGGGGCAAUGAAAUUAAUCUGCAUUGUAGAAUAUUCACAGUUCUGCAUUUGUCAAAACCCACUGAAAUGUGCACCACAGAAGAUUAACUUUAUGGUAUGCAAAGUUCUAAAAUAUAACAGGAGAUCAUGAAAACCCAAGAUGAAUGCAGACUCAGAAAUGUGUCUGAGUAACAAAUGAAUCACAUAAUACACUGAAAUGAGUGAGGAAGAAAGAAGCUGAUCUAAGUAACUUUCCAAAAUUGUGUUCUGAUUUGAUACUAUCAGGCUAACAACUUAAAACUUCUGCCAUAGCUGGCAAAUUCAUCAUUCAUUAGGUUAUAAUUAAUGAUUCCAAAAGCAGUAUUACAUGUAUGUUAGGGUAGAACAAAACAGGUAGCAUAUUACAAAUAAUGGAAAUUGGUUUUUCCACUGCAAAAUAAAUAAGCAAGGUCAUAUGCUAGAAAGAGUCACGUCAUGAAUGAAUAAAGUUAGAGAUAUCAAUAUGAACUCAUAUAUAUAUAUAUAUAUAUAUAUAUGAGAUAAUAUAUAUGUGUGUUUAUGUGUGUGUGACACAUAUGUAUGUCUGAAAUGUGUGUGUGUAUAUAUAUAUAUAUAUAUAUGUCAUAUAAAUGUAGGUAUGUGUGUACACAGGGGCUAAUAAGUCAUGUAUGCAGUUCUUAACAGUGUCUGCUGAAUUUAGAAGUACUGUCACUCUAUUUGUGACAAGUAUUUCUACUAACACCCAGAUCUUGAUGUCUAUCGCCAUUCUCCAAUAAAUGUAGUCAGGAGUCCUGGAAAAAUGGCUGAUUCUGUGUCUUCACAUGGAAAAUACAAAAUGAGCCUCGAGUAGGCAUCUCAUGGUGCUAGGAUGUAAUGAUAUAAUACAGAGCAACAUGAUAGAUGGAUAGAUAGACAAAAUGAAUGGAUGAGGGACAUAGUUAAACAUUCAUAACAACCCAAGAGAAUUACAAAACUACAAAAAAGUGGAACAGUUUGAGUUUUAAAACAAAUAUUGAUAGGAGCAAUUCUUACAGAGGAAUUCCAGUUAAUAAAUGUAUGAAUGAGGGAAAUAACAGAAACACACAAACACAACAGUAAUGACUGUGCCAGAUAAGAAAUACUGUUAUGUAUAUAUUAAAGUAAAUGGGCAAAAUUUUAAAAAUAAGAAUGAUACUUUUAUAUCCUCAAAGUGUUGCUCCCAAAAUACAUACUAAUUACUGUGGUGAUUUGAUCAUAUACCAACAAAUCGUUAAUUUUCCUUACAGAGGUAAACAAAUUUUCCUCCCCUUGCUCAAGUGAUUCAUUGAAUAAUGUAUGGAAAAAGAAAAAUAGUAAAGAACUAUGAUACGAGUCCUCUUAACCAAAUGAUUGAGGUUACUGUCAGUAGUAAUAAGACAUACUGAAAUAGUGUACCCCUAUAAAGAAGGGCACCUCAGCUCUGUGAGAUUCUCCUCCCAAUAUAUAAGUUCUGUCAAAGCAUGAGAAAAGAUCUGAGAACCCCAAAUUAAAAGAUGUCCUGCAAAAAUCCAGCCAGUUCUCUUCAGUCGGAAAGAACAGAAAGUCCCUGAAGAACCACGGCACACCAGAGGACUCUAAGUCGAUGUGGGGAUGAACUGAAGUGCAGUGAGGUACUGGGAUUGAUUGGCUCCCAGAACAGAGCGGACAUCAGCAGAAACCAGGGAAACCUGAAUGAAACGGGUAACUUAGUUAAUGACACUGCAGCAGUGUGACUUGCUUUGCACUGAUAGUUUUACUAUUGGUUAUUGGUAACUGAGAGAUCAUGGUGACAUAAGAUUUUAACCUUUGAACAUGCUGAGUGGAGGGUACGCAGGCAUACUCUGCUUUGUAAAUACCUCUCCUCUGUAAGUCUAAAAUUUAAAAAGAAGCUGUUAAGGUAAAGACUUUGCCUUGUUAAAAUGAGCAGGAAAUUAGUUAAGUGGAACUAAAUAAAUACUUAAAACUACCAGACACAGAAAUACUCAGUUUCUCUAGCACUUUAUUUCCAAGUGUAUCAUGUUGUCUUUCAAAAGCGAUGGAAAUUGUACUCCCUGCCUCUCCCAUACUACUUCCAUCUCCAAGCUAACAUUUGCCAGAACAAUGCCAAAUUCGGGAAGUUUCGCAGACUCAAAUAUCACCAAUGCCAAGCCCCCACACGCCAUAUCACAAUUUAAGAUUCUGCUACUUGCACAUCACUGCACAACCCAUCCCUCAUCACUUCAUAGCAUACAGAUGACCCAUCAAAUGCAUUUGUAUUACAAAAGGAAGUGUAAUAAAUUAAUUACUUCCACCUUAAAGCACUAAUUCUUUAACUACAAACUAUCAGGCUUCAUAGAAUUUGAGAGUUUAUAGCAGGGGAGGCUUUUUCUGAAUACUUCAAAUAAAUCCACAGAAUAUUUCUACAACAAUUCCCACCCUGUUUUCCUAAUGUAAGGGCAUUUUCAUGCUUUGCCAAUUUUGUUCUCAACAUUCCUAUUCCUUUCAUGCAAAAAAAAAAUUACACAUCUGUUCAGGUGUUUUCAUUUUACUAUUCUGCACAUCUGUCUUUCUGUGAUCGUUCUUAUUAGGCAUAUUUAUCACCAUAUGCAGUCGUAAAAAAGACAUGAGGAAUAGGUUAAUUGAAUAUUUACAGCAACCUUCAAAUUAUAACAUAGCCACGUAACCUUCUGCAUGGCUGACUGGGAAUAUUAAUCUCCCCGUCCCUCCUUAGUGUUUUAUUUUCUCCUGAGUGCAGUGUGAGUGUGAGUUUAUAUAUGCCUGUGAACUUGUGUAUGUGUGUAUGUGUAAUAAUGAAACAGACAAAAUAAAUUUUAAAAUGUUAUUUAAUUCUGACAUGACAUUAUUACACUGUUACAUUGUGAUAGUUCUUGUAAGUGUUGUAUGAAUCCCCAAGAUAAAAUAUAUACCACUGUGUGUGUAUAUAGUGUAUUCUAGAAAAUGCUGCUAAAAUUGCUGAGCAAAUCUUAUCAUUCAUUGAACACAAUUGUCAUUUUUUAAAUUCUUCAGCCCUCUUUCUGAUCUACUCUCUGAACUAACUGCACCUGUCUUCAGAAACCUUUAGCCUUUCUGUCUGGCUCCUCUCUUGGCUAGGCAAUGAAUGAGCAGAUGGAUUCAGACCCAUGAAUCCGAUAGGACUGCAUAUGCAUUUCAUGAUGAUCUGAAAUGUGAGUUCAGUGCCUCCAGCAGGGAAACCACAGCAUUUGCCGCAGCUUACAGGCCGCUUUUCUGUAUGAAGGCUUGAUAUGUCUGCGCCUUCGUCAUUGGUCCCCAAACUGGUUUUCAUUAAAGACAGGAUACUUAGAAAGUGACACAUGACACCUUACACAACACGAAGUAGCACUCUUAGAUGUGCUUAAGUUCAGAAACAUGCAGCAUUUUUUAACAAUCUAGUCACCAUGAGUAUCUAUAGUCCUAGUAUUUAUGUUUAGGCAACAUUGUGCAAGUACAUUUUGCUGUUUCUUGGGUGAGUUGUAAAAAAUAUCAGACAGACACAUGAGAACAGUCUGAAAGAAGUUCUCAGGGAUAUCAUCCUCAAUGUAUCCCUUAACAAUACUCCAGGGUGGAACAAGGACAUCGAGAGAUAUUCACAAUUCCCAGGAUUACAAAGAGCAAAAUCCAAACUAUUUCCAUUAGUUCAAAGCUAGAGAACAUUCAGUCUUAUGAGACAUGUUCUGUUUUCCUCUAAUGGAUCCUUGUUCAUGUCGUUUCCUGAGUUACCUGAGGAAGAAACAGUUUAGUAAAAUACCAAACUUCACAUGCUGAAACUGGCUGGUCCUGUACUCUGUUCCUUCUCAGUAAUACUCUUACUAGCUGUUUAGAAAGCUGUUGAUUUGCUCCUUCCCUGUGGACAGACAGCACAUCUGUGUCAUCUUUACAUACACUUCACAAGCAGAAAGUGUUUUAAAAUGUGUGUUAAAAGUGUUUUAAAAUGCUUUUGUGUGGCAAACAAUUUCACAGAGACUCACAUCAGAAAUUCCCCCCUUCUACGGCAGAGAGGAUACAGUGGCAUUCAGGCAGCUUCCUCCUGCUUCUUCUUCAUUUGACAUUGCUACUCAGCCUUGGGACUCUUUAUACUUGACUAUUGUAGCCUACAGACAAUCAGCUACCCACCUAUCAGAAGUGUAAUGUGAGGAAAACUGUGUGCUCAGUAACUGUAUAAUGUGAGAGUAUGGAGAGUAACUGUAUAAUGUAAAACAAAUGAAAUCUGUACUUUGGGCGUGAGGAGGUGCAUUCAGUGGACCCCUUUAAUCCAUCACUCAAUGGAGCCUCUCAGUUCAUUGCUCAAAAACCUAGUAAGUCUUUUCCCAAAAUCUCAUGCCAAAAGUCUGCUCCUUCCAUAGAUAGAAUUCCAGCAGCCUCUGGAGUGGAGGAGGGAUCCUUCCUUUCAAUAAAUACAGUCUCAGAAAUGAUGGGAAUAUAUAAAUACCGAAUAGUUUCCCUAGUGUAAGAAAUGAUAAGAAUACAUAAAAUUAUGUGGUAAUCAUGAUUCCUAAUCAUAUUGGUUUGAAUCCAUAUAAUAUUAUCACUCAUUAAUUGCAAUGGUUUUAACCUGGGCUGUUCGAUUUUAGUAUCGGUGAUAGUACGAAUAGCUAUUCUGAAGAAAACAACACAUCAUAAAAGCUAGUGCUGAUUUAAUAUCAUCUUGUUUUGAAGUCCCAUCAAGCUGUUGUACACCUGUUUCCACUGGUUUUAACAUGUGGUAUCUUACUAUAUUUUACUAUAUGUGAUAGUAUAAACAAAAUUUUUUAUAGGCAAAGAAAUAAUAUAGAAACUAUUGUUCGUUUUCUGUUAACUGGUUCUAAAUACUCUGUAAUUUCUUCAUUCUCUUGAAUAGCUUCAGACUGACUUGAUAUGCUUGAUGCUAUAGUAUAUGAAGUUAUACUCAAAUAAUUCAAGGAAGGAGGCACUAUGGUGACUACUAUUAUGUUAGAUUAUCUGGGGGUGAAACACAAUGAUGCUUAAAUUGUUCAGUUCUGACCUGUGUUGUUUUAAUACAAUGUCCUCUUUUUACCUCAAUCCCACCUUUUUCAAAAUUAAUCUAUUUUUUUCUUACAGUUUUUUUAAUUAAGGGUAAACUGAAUUAAAAAAUAGUGGGAUACAGUAUAGUAACUUUUUUGUUUUCCUAUUAACCUGAUAUGAUCCCCAGUAUUGUUCUCCCCAUCUUGUUCUGUCAGAUUUUACUAUAAUCUAUUUUGUUUGAUAGUAUCAAGUUUGAGGAUAUAGGCAACCACUUUGAAGGCAAUAAGAUCCACUAAGAUUCACUAUGGUUUGACUAUAAUCUUCUUUUGAAAUUCUGUAAGGUCUCCAGUGUAGGUUUUAUUGGUCUUGUUCUGUACUGUUUUGAUCAAUUCUAUUAUACCUGACGAUAUAGGCAACUUUUUAAAAAAAUAGCAAGAGGCACAAUGGUAACCAUUUUAGAUCACCUGAUAUUCUAUUUUUACGUCGUGUACUAUGCCUAUCCUUUUGUUCUAACCGACUCUGUUUUGUUUAGCCGCGUUAGGUUUUAUUCUCUCCAAAAAAAUAAUAAUAAUUGUGGGAGUAAAAAAACCCAAAAAGUGUAAUUGUUAUUAAAAAGAGAGGAAAGGAAGGUGGUCUAAGGGAUAUAACUGCAUGUAUGUUUGAGUGUGUAGGAUGGAAAUCCAUAUUACUGAACUUUUGUUGGAUCAUUGAUCGGCACUGUCUGCAGUCUCAUUGUAUGAAUGUUCACUUUACAUGCUUUAAUUUCAUAAUUUGGACAACUAUUUCAAAGAUGACAAUAUGUAACCUAUUAACUAGUGAUAUCUUACUGUAUUUUUUUCCUUGAAAUUCUGUACUAUUUGUACCCUUUCACUGCUUUGUUUUUUUUUUUUUUUAUUUCCUUUCUUUUUUUUCUCUUUAAAUAAAAAAGAAGAAGAAGACUGGAUGAUGAGUAUGUGGGAAGUUAUGCUUUGCUGUUUUCAUGCAGAUAAUGGAUAAUAUCUUGCGUUUACCUUAGAUGGGUUGCACUUUCAUCUUCUAGCCUUACAUUUUAAAUGUUAAAAUUGCUCUUAUCCUAACUUUCUAGCAUGUUCUACUGGUAGGCACCAAACAACCUAACUGAUGAAAUCUAGAGAAAAAAAACUCCAGGAAUUUAAUGCUCAAAGUCCAAACUGUGUUUCUCUGGUUAAUAAAAAUAAUAAUUAGGCCUGGUCUAGACUACCCAAAUCUUUUCCAUAGGAAGUGAGGAGAAUGUUGUCUAAUGGGAACUCUCUGUCUGGGAUUGGGGUUCUAACACCCAAUAAUCAUUGUCUCUGAAGCUUGAACAUUGACAGGGUGGAGUAGGGCUAGAGAUACCAACAUAGGACCUGACUUCCUGCUUCCCAACACUCUUAACACUUGAUCAAUUAACUGAGUCACUCUUCCUUGAUACAAAACUGCCUCCUAAUGGGAGCUAAAAGCUACCCCCAGGUGGAACAGAGCUAACUCCUCAACAAAGAGCAACAAGCAAGUGUGCAUAUCUGAUUUCCAUGAGUAACCCAUUCUUAAAAAUAGUUCUCUGUAAUUAGCAAUAGAGUGUUGUCUAAUUAACCAAAUAAUAUUAUGUGCAAUUGGUACUCAACUGACAUUUGUCUGGUUCAUAAUUAUUUAAUGUCCAGUUUUUUUAUAUUGUUGUUUUGUUUUAACUAUGCUGGGAGUGAACUAAAGGCCUUUGCACUGAGCUGGAUGUCCAACUCUUUUUUUUCCUGUUUAAAAAUUUUAUUUUUAUUAGUACUUUUUGCAGUACAGAACAUUUAUAGAAACAAUUACAUUGUGAAGAAGAAAUCUUUUUAGGGGUGAAAAAGUUCAUCCAUUUUUAUAUAUUAAUAAAUAGUUUUUACUUGCCUACUCUAGUAUCAAGCAUGCCUGGAAAGCAUAGAGGUGAAAGUUAAACAACAAAAUUACUUUUAUUAAUUCUCAAAAGUAUUAAGGAAAGCAAUGAAUUUUUAUUUAGGAUGCUGACUUAUUAAUGGCUGUGAAAAACUCUUUUUCUGCAAAGCCUAGUUUACUAUUAAGCAUUAUUUCCCAGUGUUCUAUGAGAAAGAUACUUGAUAUAAAAAAGCAACCAUGUUGGCUAAAGUAUUCUGUACCAAGUUAAAUGUAAUUAUUACAGGUAUGCUGCCAGCCUAAAGAUACUUGGACUGUAACUACAUCAUAUAAAAUUGGGGUUAAAUCAAGCAAGUUAGUUUAAGAA